ACUCUAGAUCUGGAUAUGACCUGUGUAGGAACUUUUAUAAGAGCCACAUCCUUAGCUGUCCCUUACGUGCUGAGGAGCUGUGCUGAGUUCAUUGAGACUCAUGGCAUUGUGGAUGGAAUCUACCGGCUUUCUGGAGUGACAUCCAACAUACAGAAGUUGAGGCAGGAGUUUGGCUCCGAUCAAUGCCCAGACCUGACAAGGGAAGUUUACCUCCAGGACAUUCACUGUGUGGGGUCACUCUGCAAGCUGUACUUCAGGGAGCUGCCAAACCCCCUCCUCACUUAUGAGCUCUACAAGAAAUUCACGGAGGCAGUAUCUCGCUGCCCGGAAGAGGAGCAAUUGUCCCAAAUUCAAAAUGUCAUCCAGGAGCUUCCGCCAUCACAUUACAGGACACUGGAAUACCUGAUCAGGCAUCUGACUCACCUGGCCUCCUUCAGCAACAUGACCAACAUGCACACAAGGAACCUGGCCCUAGUGUGGGCACCCAAUCUCCUCAGGUCCAAGGAAAUCGAGGCAGUCGGCUGCAAUGGAGAUGCAGCUUUCCUAGAGGUGCGAGUCCAGCAGUUGGUAAUUGAGUUUAUCUUGAACCAUGUGGAUCAGAUCUUCAACAACAACAUCUCGACCAGUUCCAUGGAGAAUGAUGAGACAGUGCCCAUUGUGAAGAGUCUGACCCUGCCCUCUACCUCUCUGCCUAUGAAACUGGUGAGCCUGGAAGAAGCUCAGGCACGGAGUCUGUCAGCCUGCCAUCCCGCCCGUAAGGAGAGACGAGAGAACAGCCUGCCUGAAAUUGUCCCAGUCACUGGAUCCUUCUUCCACACUGUCGUCGACCUACCCGACAGCAAGAGAAAAUUGUCCAGCAAAUCCAAGAAAUGGAAGUCAAUAUUUAACCUGGGCCGGUCUGGAUCAGAUUCAAAGUCAAAACUGAGUCGAAAUGGGAGUGUGUUUGUGAGAGGGCAGAAACUCUCUGAGAAAGCAACUAUUCGACCUGCUAAAAGCAUGGACUCACUGUGCUCCGUGCCUGUAGAAGGGGAGGAUGAGACAGGCCGGUUCAAACGCACUGUCGCCGCUGGCGGGUUUUUCAUCCCAGUGAUGAAAACGCAGACGGGAGGCGCAAGCAGCUCUGGCGACCUCAGCAAGAAGAGUGAUUGGGAGUGUGAGGGGCUCCCAGCGGGGGCGGAGGGCGGCUCCGAGCUCAGUGGGGACAAAGCUGCCCCCAGGGCCGCCCAAGCGAGACCGCCCCCUGAACAAUUGAAGGUGUUUCGGGCCACGGAGGACCCCGAGAGCGAGCAGACCUCCCCAAAGACAUGCCGCAUGUUCUACACCUCCGACACUGCUGCCAAAUCAGGCUUCCCCAGCAGCCUCUUCCCUUUAGAAGCCUCUCCUCGGCACCAGCGCAAAGCCCUGAACAUCUCGGAGCCCUUCGCCGUCUCCGUGCCCCUUCGGGUGUCUGCAGUCAUCAGCACCAACAGCACCCCGUGCCGCAUGCCUGCCAAGGACAAGCCUGCCCUCUCCAGCCUGGAGGAAUCAUCCGCUCUGGGGCCGGACAGCACCACUCCCAUAGCACUGGAAGGGGAUGGCCAGCCCAGGCCUGAACAGACCACAGACUGGGAGGAGAAGCAGCCUAGGGCCGAGGCUGCAGCAGGUUCUACUACUGAAGAACUGAUGGCAGCUAAGAAGCCUGAAGUCUUGGAAACUCCAAAGGCAGCAAUGGAAAACCAGGAAGUAUUAGGCGUUGGCAGCAGCACCAGUGGCAGGCAUGCCCCGGCGCAGAACCCUGACUUAAAACAGACACCGGUAUGCCCGGCAGGCCUGCAUUCAGCAGGGGAGAUCAAGCAAGGCCAGCUCAUGAUGCAGGAAAACCCCACAGAGGGAGACAGCCAGCAGCAGGAGACACCAAGGGUUAAAGGAGAGGAGGCCUUGUUUCUGAGAGAGCUGGCUGAAGAUGAUGCUGCCAGUGCCCUGCUGGAACCGCUGUGGCCGGAGAUUCAACAGGAGCUCAGAAUUAUCGAAUCUGAAGAGGAACUUUCAUUCCUGCCUGCAGAAGUCCCCAAGACAAGCCCUUCUCAGCAAAGAGUGCACUCAGCCCUCACUCCUGAAUCCUUUGCUUCAUCCCAAACAGACGGCAUCUCUUCUGGUGAUGUGCUUGCCAUGACAGUGGCCAAACAGGAAACUCCAGCCAGAACCCCCCAGGUCACAUCUCAGUUGCCUUUAUUUGAUGCCACUUCCAAAGAAAUAGCAAAGGAGCCAGGUGGUCUCCAGGGUCAUAAACCUGAAGUGGCAGCACAGUGUGGCUGUGCUCCUCACACACCCGAACUGGAUACUGCCCUGCCUGGGACAGCUUCUCCAAAGAACCAUCUCGUGGCGCAGGAUAUCAGCAGUGAUCUUCUGCCUCCUCACCAAGACCAGAAGCUUUCUGAUGAGCAGAAGCUCAUUGAGAAUCCUUUAAAAGAAAAUGUCUCAGAUACCAGAGAACACAAGGAAGAAGGCAACACUGCCCUAUUUCCCAGGGAAAAGGAUGGCGUUGCUGGAGGCCAGGAUGGAGUCCGGAUCCAGCAGGAGAAGCCUGACGGAAUGACUGCAGGAGAUGGCCAGAUCUCAUCCCACAGGGCAAGUGGAGCUGGAGCUCAGCAGCCCAAGGAGGGCAGCAGGGCUAAGAGAGCCCAGGACUCUUUCGACCAUGAAGAGGAGGAGGCAGGGGCAGAUAACGUCCAGGGCUUUGAGCUGGUCGAGCCCUGGGAGGAUCACCAGUGGAUCACCAGCCCGCUCCAUUCCCCCACCUUCAAGAGCCUCCAGGAAAAGGCAAUGCAGGACUUUCAGUCACCGAGCUACAGCGUGGAGAGGGGCUUUUCCGCUAGGCCACGGUUCAGUCGCAGCUUUUCUCUGGAUAGCAAAGACUUGAUGCUGAGUGUGUGGAGUAUCCAACCGCCUUUCACGAGCGCAGCUGAAGAGCGCCCAUGUAGUGGCCCCAGCUCGGGGACCAGGGAGCUUUUAGAAACGCAGCCAAUCUCACCACUCAGGCCAAGCCACCUUGAGCAAGUGGAGACCGGUCUGAGUCCUCGAGAGGCGUCUUUAGAGCUAGAGGCCUCAAGUGAUGCCCUCAGCAGCAAGACAGAGCCUGCAGCAGGGAGGCUGCUAGCCAGCUGUGAGGAACUGUGCACUGCCCCUCUUUCAGAGCCAGGGGAGAAGGAGGUGGGUGGCAGCAAAAAAACCCCUCAGGACUUGAUGCCUGAGCUGCCUUUUCCACACUGUAAUACCCCAGAUGGAUUCUUGCAGGCAAAGAAACUAGAUGAAGAUCCAUCCAGGCCUCAGGGCGCUCCCCCCACAGGAGCUGCCCUCACCCAAGGGCUGCAUUCUGCCAACGAGUCGCAGCUGAGUAACAACAAAAACGAAGACGUGCCCUGGAAAGUGAGAACUAGGCCAUCAUCUCUCAACUUGGAGUCGCUCCUGCCCACCCCUGAUUUCUUCAUGUUUGAGACCCUGGGUGUGCCCACCUCGCCUGGAAACCCCCUGUGUGUGCAGAAAGAAGUGAAGAGCAGCGAUUCUGUCCCGUCACUGCCUUCUGCCUACCCUGACAGGAACAAAGGCAACCCCUGGGGUUCGCACUUCGAUCCCCGGGAGCUAGACCUGGAUUACAUGGCAGUGGCCCAUGCUGCCACUGGGCGUCGUAACUCUGCCCCUGUGAGUGUGUCGGCAGUGAGGACCUCUUUCAUGGUUAAGUUGUGCCAAGCCAGAGCUGUGCCAGUGAUACCUCCCAAGAUUCAGUACACACAGGUCCCACAGCCGCUACAGACUCAGAACACGGAUCGUGACAUCCCUGCAUUGCUGGGGAAGAAGGAAACAGAAGCCCACUCAGCCAGCAGGCAGCCCCACCGAGCAGCUUGGGAACAGCUGGAACCCCCAAAGAGCCCUCAGGUAGAGAAAAAAGCCAAGGAGGAGAAAGAAAACAGUGACCCAGCGCAAAUGGGUGCAACAUCUUCUAGGCAGGGCAACCUUACCCCCCUGCCAGAUCUCUCCCUCUCCAGUUGUAAUUCCACCCAGGAGGCACCUGUGCUGCGCCGAAAGCGCACUUCAGAGGGUGAGACCGCGGGAGACAGCCCCCAGUCCUCAAAAAUGGAGAGGCCAUCAGGGAUUUCCAAGCCUUCCUACAGAUCCAGACCAGGAAGGCCUCAGAGCCUUAUCCUCUUCAGCCCACCCUUCCCCAUCAUGGACCAUCCAUCUUCCUCAACAGACUCCAGGGUGCUGUUAUCACCCAUAAGAAGCCCCUCUCAGAUCAACUCUCCAAACACCAUUUGUGGCGAGCUGUCAGGGAACCUGCAGAUAACGCCUGAGGGGGUCACUCUGCGGAACAAAAUGACCAUCCCCAAAAAUGGCCAGAGACUGGAGACCUCCACCAGCUGCUUUUACCAGCCCCAGAGGAGGUCAGUGAUUCUGGAUGGGAGAAGUGGGAGGCAGAUAGAAUAACCCCUGCAAGCUCAUCUCACCCCUCUUCCCUGGUGGAUGAGACAGCAGUGCGUGCCUUCCUUGAGACCAACUGUGCUAUUGUUGUUGUUAUGAUUAUAAAUAUUCUAUGCAAGAA